GUAUAACAGCACUGUUUGAUUAUAAAUUCAUUGAGGUCUUAUAAUGUUAAAAAGUGCGAUGCACUGAAGGACCAGGACUUCAAAUAGAUUCAACUCUUCAACUAUCAGUCUGCUGCAAAUAUUUUCUUCCCUCAGACUCAGAGGGUAACGGAAAUAAAGAGUCCUGUAUAAUUUGUGAGGCUGCAGAAUACAGAUCUUUGUUUUAAAAAUCUGUUUGGUAAUCAGAAUGGAUUCUGGUGGAAUAUUGAUGGCUGGAGCAGAUAAGCCAUACCAGUGUAAUGUUUGCUUCAAGAGGUUUACCCAGAAAGCUCAUCUGACCACCCACCGCCGUACUCACACCGGGGAAAAACCAUACGCCUGUCAUAUCUGCCAGAAGAGAUUUGCACAGUCCUCCCAUCUGAACUCACACAAGCGAACACACACAGGAGAGAAACCUUAUUACUGCGUCAUAUGUAGCCUGGGAUUCUGUCGAAAGCAGCGCCUAGAACAACAUUUACGGGAGGUUCACAAUGAACAAGGCUCCCUACCAGAUCUCUCAACCUCCGAGUUCCAUCAAGGAUUCUCUGGUUUAAAUUUUCCCGAGUUUAAAACAGAUAUAGGCAACCCGGCAAACCUGGGGACUGCCAGUCACAGGAGAAAACCAAAUGUCGUAAACCGGUUCAGCAUCGAAGAUUUUAGUUCUGUGGGAUCAUCUGAUAAUGCAGAAGAUGGCACGGAUAAAGCCAACAAAAGUUGUCACGUGAAGUUAGAGGAGGCGGGAUCACUGGACAUGGAUACAAUCAGUCUGCCUCCAGACAGCGCAUCAUUCCCCGAACCGACUAGCUCUCUUGAACCCAAACCAAAGAGAUCAAGGAAAAAGACAUUAAAACAAGAGAAGAUCAAUGUGAGGGACAGUAAUUUCACCGAGGCACAGGGAGAUUCAGGAGACGAGGCGGAUAUGGGGGACGGAGCCAGCGUCACAAGUGAGAGCAACUUGUCUGGCUCAGAAAUCAGUCUGUCCUCAUCUCCACAGAAAUGUCAGCUGUUCCCUGCCAUGAGUAAAAGUUCUAAAUCCAUGGCCCGCUAUAACAGCCUAAGUAGUAAACCGUCCCCUAGUCUUUAUAACUCCUCCAUAGGUACCAACUCUAGGAUCUGUCUGGUUAAUUUUACCAAUGAGGAUCUGUUUACACAUAUGAUGUCUAGGGAUGACGUGUACAAAUGUGAAUAUUGUUGUGUUAUAUUCCAAGACGCAGCCAUGUAUCAUCUCCAUCGCAGUAUGCACGAUAAAAUGGACAUCCGGUGUUGUAACAUGUGUGGAAAAUUAGCCAGUGACAAGUACGACUUUAUAGCACACUAUCUCAGUGAACAUAAAUAGAAUUGUCUUGUAUAAAAACUUACCAGGGGUAAGUGUUCGUUCAUUCAGCAUUUUUAGGUCACCUGAGUCACUCUUGUGAGUCAUUGUGAGGUUUUGAGAUCUGACUGUAGUAUUAUGUGCGAGUUGUAAUUAGCAAAAGUGUUUUUACCAGAUUUGUUAACUUCAUGACCUCUGGGUUAGGGUUUGAACAAAUAGAGAAAGUUGUAUUCUACUUUGAGAAAAGUUAUUUCCCUUUGAAUUUUGAAAUCCAUGUACAAGUGUUUGUGUAUUAUACUCAUAUGAUUGUUAAGGCCGUUCAGCCACUUGUUGAAAAAAAUCUGAAUCCUUAUAUUCAUAACUAAUCUGAAAAAAAAAUCCCAAAAUGAAGGGUAUAUAAGUAUGAGUCAUUCCACACCUUUGUCUAUUUUUACCUUAUGUAAAAUUGUUUAGACUUUUGUUUUCAUUAAGGGGGAUGUACAAGCCAUAUUGGAUCUAGUCUGGUG